AUGGGCAUAGAUGGUGAUAGGUCAAAGAGUAAAUCAAUCAGGGAGCCGGAGGGUGCGGAGGAUCGGGCAGUGGCGUCCCCUUCCGGUUCAGACUCCCCCGAGGCCCCUGCCUCGCCUCCGCCGUGGUAUGACGCGGAGAUGGAUGAGCGGGACGAGCGGUGGAUGGCGAAGGCGCGGAGGCGGCGCGGAGGGCGGAGCUCUGACGCUAUUCUUAGCUGCCCUGCCUGCCUGUCGUCCGUCUGUUUCGAUUGCCAGAGGCACGAGCGCUUCACCACACAGUACCGAGCAGUCUUUGCAGUCAACUGUGCAGUGAACACGUCCCAGAAACUGGUGAUGCCGUCAGGUAAAGACGGAGGCAGCAAGAAGCGCAAGGGCAGGGGGAAGAGUGGAGGGGCGAAGGAGCAAGGGAGCACUGGUGGGGGUGGCGGGGGAGGUGUGAUUGGGGGGGAGGGGAGUGCGGGAGGUGAAGAGGAGGUGAUGCAUCCAGUGAUGUGUGAGACGUGUGGGACAGAGGUUGGUGUGUUUGAUGCCAAGCAGCAAGUGUAUCACUUCUUCAAUGUUUUGCCAACCAAUUGCUGA